AUGCUGCAACCACAGGAUAAAAACACAGCCAGUGGACCAACAGCAAUCAAAGCGCAUUUGAAGGAAUUUUUCAAGAAAUGCGACAUCAAUCACGACAACCGUCUCAGUAGGAAAGAGCUAAAGAAAGCCUUUGACGAACUUGGGGCAUUGUUCCCUAGUUACAGGGCUGGCCGUGGCCUCAGCAAUGCGGAUGCCAACAAGGAUGGACAAAUCGACAUGGAUCGACGAUCAUUGGGGCAGUCAGCCCAGUCACUGCGUAAAGGCAAGGGUAAUUCCUUGGCAAUGGGAAGGCCAUCUAUUGGAGAGAGAUCGGGUCUGGUAAUUGUCAGUUUUGGAAGGGCAAGAUUUGAUGUCCGAAUUGGAACAAGCAGGAGAGCAGCAGCAAUGGGAUGCGACAAGAGAAUAAUGGGCUUUCGAGGCAUGAUGUCAAAAUCAGCCGACGGUGAGACCCUAAGCAAAGAGCAUUUAAAGAAAUUUUUCAUGAAAUACGACAUCAAUCGCGACAAUCGUCUCGGUAGAGAAGAGCUAAAGCAAGCCUUUGGGAAACUUGGGGCAUAUUUCCCUUGUUAUAGAGCUGCCCGUAGCAUCAACCAUGCAGAUGCCAACAAUGAUGGGCAAAUCGACAUGGAUGAGUUGAGUGAUCUUGUCAACUAUGCUUAUAAACUUGGGUAUACUGUUUCUUAA